AUUUAUAAUAUUUGUAGCAAUCUCAAACAAAAUAUUUAAAAACAUUUGUACCUAUCUUUUCGUACCUAUUUCGUAUAUUAAAAAGAAGUCGGACACCCGUGGUUUUCGUAUUUUUCGGUACGCGGCGAACGGUCACAUCACAGUGCACAAAAAACCGAGUUUCCUGCAUUUUCAGGUACCAUAAUAACCGAUUUACAGUGCGAUUUCCGUUCUGAAAACAGUGCUAUAAUCAGCGUCAUACCUUCGAGCACCCAUUGGACCGGUCGGGAAUACGGAUAAUGUGGCCACUGGCCCGUGAAAGGCCCGUGGAAAACGACGCAUGAGACCCGAAUUGCGAACCAGAUGAUAGGGUAGCGUGCCAGCGAGAGCGAGUGAGAGAGGGCGAGAGGAACAGAGAGAGAGGAGGCCAGAGUAGACACAAAACUCCGAGCGGAGUUCUCGCCCAUUUUCCGGCCGAUUUCGCAGUCUAUAUAGUCGCCGGUAUGGCGGAGGAGAACCCGGGCGGCAAUGCCGGCGAUGUGCCCGAUUCGGGAGCGGACGAGGUGGGCGCCUCGGUGAUCGUGGAGCCGGGAUCCGAAGGAUCCAAUGCCGGACCCCAUACUCUGCCGGCUGCGGCCAUGAAGUUUGCCGAUCUCACCGAAAGCGGCAGUGAGUCCGGUGACAACGAGGCCGAGGAACCCGCUCCCACCGGCCCGGACAAUCCGGCAAAUGCCAACAGUGAGCCGGGGACCAGUGCAUCCGCCGCGGAGGAGAACACCGCCGCAGAGCGCUCCUCGCCGCCGCCCAACUGCGCCAUCUGCUUGUCCCGCUGCAAGAGGAAGUGUUUCACGGACUCCUGCAUGCACCAGUUCUGCUUCAAGUGCCUGUGCGAGUGGAGCAAGAUCAAACCCGAGUGCCCGCUGUGCAAGCAGCCUUUCAAGACCAUCAUACACAAUGUCCGCACCCUGGACGACUACGACCGCUAUCCGGUGCAGAGCUCUUCGCCAGUUCCGCCAGAUCAUCCCUCCUUACGCUUCCAUAUAGUAAGGCGUCCCAGGUACAUGCCUCUGGUGCAGAACCAGGCCGUCAUGACCAACGACAUAGAGGCCGGCAUAGCAGCAGGGGCUGCGGGAGAAGAGGUCCUGCCGGCAGCCGAGGUGGCGGCCGGCAGGCACUCGUACAGCCGCUUCGAGCCCUACCGAGUGGAACUGAUGAACUACUAUCGACACGACCAGGAUGCCGCCACAUCGGGCUCGUUGAGCCAGCUCUGGCGGCGCUACGUGUACGACAGAAAGCUGUAUGCCCUGCCCGUCAGCGAUAGCUUGACGGGCCAUUUCCGCGAGUGGAGUGCCCGCUUUUACAGAAACAAUCCCGCCCAGAUGCAUCGCCUGAUGCCUUGGAUCCAUCGCGACAUUGUGUGCUUGCUGAGGAAUGCCGCACACAGCGUAAGCACUGUGAUGCAGCUGAUGAACGACAUCCUGCCCAUGACCAAUAUACUGGGUCCCACAUUCCGUCGCCGGCUGUCGCCGUAUCUGGGCGAGCGCACCAGCCACUUCAUCCACGAGCUGUUCAACUUUGCCCGCUCCCCCUUCGACAUGAUCGGCUACGACCAUGUGGUUCAAUACUCGGCUCGCGUGGCCGAGGAGGUGGAGGUGGACCUGUUAGACAUGGUGGAGACCCAGUCGUCGAAUGGCGAUGAUCUGCACCUGGAGGUUGGUGACAGCGAUGGAGAUGCCGUCAAUGCGGACUUCUCCAACGACUGGAGUCCCCCAAGUGGACGUCCGUCGACCAGUGUGAUUGUGACCAAUCCCGGUGCUACACAUUCCUUCAGCGUGACAAUGGCCAACGAUGGCAGUGAGCUGCCAGGCAUCUCUAUACGCCGUACAACCACAUCAAAUGUUGGCUCACAAACGGUGGCUAUCAACCUAAGUAUGAGGCGCCCGGCGGCUGUUGCCAGCGAGGAGGCGGAGGUCAUAGAGAUCGACGAUGGCGAUGCAGCUGCAAAUGCCGAAGUGGCGGCCAUCAAUGAUGGCAGCAAUCCUAGCAGGAGACACGCGGGCGCCACUCUCCCAGUGAGUGCCCACAUCGAACUGCAGAGCAGCAGCAGCUCUGGCGAUGAAGACGAGUGCGUCUUUGUGCUGGAGCUAAAGCCACCUCACCUGCGCACUCCCGAGCAGGUGAGCCUGGACUCGAAUAGUGACUCUGAUGUGGUUUUCGUGAAUGAGCAGAAUGAGGCUCCGCCGGCUGCAAGUCUCGGCGACCAGGCGAUACAAUCGCCAGUGGAUCAGUCCUCCAGAGAUCAGGCGUUGUUCUUUGGUCCCAGCACGAGUGCAGCGGCUAACAGAGGCAAGAACUGGAAGCUUGUGAUGGCAGAAGCGCGUCGCCUUGAUGAGUUGCGCACAGUGCGCUCAACGCGAUCGAAGAGAUCGCGCCAGCGGUCCUCCGUCCCUGCCCGUAGUUCCAGUGCUAGUGGAAGCAGCAACAGCACCUGCAGCAGCUCCUCCUUCCACUUCAGCAGCAGCAGCGAUGACGACAGCAGUGCUAGCAGCACGUCCAAUGUGGAGCCAGCCAAGAAAAAACCACACAAGCUACCGAAUAAAAAACGCACUGAAAAAGCCUCAAAUCGAAAAGCAACAUCUCGCAAACGGAAACGCCAGGUGAAGGAUGUAAAGCAGAAACAGGCUAACGAGGAGUCAGCUCGGGCGGCAGCUCUAGAGAGGCGGCUAGAGCAGCUGCUGCAUGGCGAACAGAAAUCACAGCAGCAACCGGAAAGCAGUAGUUCAAGCCCUAGUUCGUCUGACGACGAAUCAGCUGGCGAUAGCAGCGAUACAUCUGGUCAACCCAACCCCAAUAACAACAACACUAGCAGUGAUGAUUCUGAUGAUGAUAGCACUGAAAACCUGCGGCUUAGUGCUUUGCGGGCCACACUAAAAGCAGAGGCACCGCUGGAGGAUAGAAAACCACUAAAACUGGAGCUCCAGAUGUCCGACACAAAUACAAGGGAACAACAGCAGGAGGGGCCCCAAAAUACAGAGGUGGCACCAGCGCCAACAGAGGAUACCGAACCGGGAUGCAGUGCUCCAAAGCGGCGGCGAAGCUGUAGUAACAGCAAUCAGUCCAGCCAGAGCGCCAGUUUGGCCAGCAGCUCGACAGCCACAUCGAGUUCGGCUCCGAUGAGUUCGUUUGGCUGGAGGGCAGCAGGAUAUGCUGGCGAUCCCCUAACGCGUUUCAAUGUGGAAGUGGAGGAGCACGAUAUAGCAAACUCCCUAAUAGAACUAUCCACGCUGACGCAACCGAGGGAGGUAGGCCUUUUCAACGAGCAGUCUAAUUCGGGAGAGAUUUCCCUCAGUUCGCUGCGCAAUACUCUCCGCGGCAGCUCUCGAGCUCUGGAGGAGGAUGACGCAAAUCUGGGUAUCUAUUUUGGAGCAGGUGCGGAUCCUGAUGCCAGCAAUGAACAGAACAGCUUUUCCCUGGGGGCUGCAAUCGACGUGGUUGGAGAAGCAGAGGUGGGGACCGCCGAGGAUACAGCCACUGCCACUGAAGAACAAGAUGAAGAUGACGAAGACGAUGAUGAAGAAGGUGAAGAUGAACAGGAAGAGGGAAAGGCUGAGGAGGACGAAGAGGAUGAGGACGAUAGUGACAACAACGACGAUGAGGAGGGGGUUGAUCGGGAGUUACUAGCGUUUCUAGCAUAAGCUACCGACAUUGAUUUUCAUUUAAGUUGUUAAUUUAAAGGAAUGUUAAAUUGGUUUCCGUCUUGUCUUGUUCCGAUUCCUAAGCCCCUGAACCCAAUAAAGUAAUAAUACGUGUAACUUGCUAUGUAAGUAACUAAAACCAGUAAGCUUAAGCUCAAACUAGAUGUAUUCUAGGCCUAGGAUUGCCAUUUUAAGUUGUACAUAUUCAGACACCAAUAUCUUGAUAUAAAUAUAUAUAUAGUUACGUUUACACACCUAUCAA